AUUAGUAUUUGCUAAAAUCUUGAUAAUUUUCUUGACUCUUUGAAGGUGUGGCUACUUGUUUUUUUCCGUGCAUCACUAUGGGGGAGAAUGCUGAGAUUAUAUCAAAAGGAGAAACAUCUUGUAUAGCAGCAACCACAAUCUACUAUUUGCUGUGCUCAAUCGGCUGUCAACCUGGUUAUGGAUUUCUUUACAGAUCGAGACUACGAAAACUGUUAGGUUUUCCAAAGGAAGCAUGUAAAGAUAAUAUUGUGCAUACCUGCUGCUGUUUUUGUGCACUUUGCCAAGAACAUAGAGAACUCAAACUACAUGGAGCUGAUCCCACCAUUGGUUGGAAAGCAAAUGUAGAGAAUUGGAAAAGCCAAGCGGUCACUGUGCCUCCGUUCUUUGAACCGGAGAUGAUGCGUUAGGCCUAUGUUUAGAAUUUAAAAUUCAUAGAUUUGAAUGUUAAUUUUAAAGAUUUGAGUUUGAAAUUUUACCAUAACUAAUUUGAUGUGCUGAGUUUGAAAUUACUUACUUUUACUUAUUUAAUAAAAUUUU